CACCUGCGCAGAUGCUCGCGCUGCUCAGUCGUGCUCGAGCCUUUCAGAUGUUCGCCGGCGUUUCCAGAUCCGCCUCCAUUUUAACAGCAUACCGGCAAAAACACACGGAUUAAGAAGAAAAUUCGCCUGGAUUCCGAGAUUAGAUUAAAAUUGCAACGUUUUUUUUUUUUUUUUUUUCAUCCUGGUUGCUUGGCGGUGUUGGAUAAGAGAGACGCUUUUGUUUCCUGGAGGACAUAGAGAACACGAAGUGAUGCAUUUUUAAACCGGCAGCAACAUCCGCGAUAUCACUGCUCUAUAACCCCAAAAUGUGUACACUCAUACUAUUCAAAUGACAAGAUGAAAUGAAAAAUUAAAAACAAUAUUAACGCCAUUCAGGUACAGUGUAAUAUCCUGGUGAAGUUACCGACUGAAGGAAGCCUGAGAGCAGGAAGCAAGUUGGCACAGAUGAGCUUCUGCAACUGAGAAUAACACACCAAGAAAGAUCAUUAACACAUUGGGACACACACAUAGCCGUCCACCCACCGACACACACACACACACACACACACACACACACACACACACAUACGCAAACACACUUACACGCAGAUGGCACUAGAAAACUCCACAUUCUCUUCUCGGCCAGAGUCUCUCUCUUUGCCGGUCCCAGAGAAAGGGGAGGUGCCUGCUGAGGAGACCAAAGAAGAUGCUCCUGCCACUGGAGUAUUUAACGUAUCGGAGGAACUCGGGCAUGUGGUAACCACAGAGACAUCAUCGCCCCCGCAAGUGCCGGCUAAUAACAACCUGUCAUUCCAGGCCAAGAUGGCUGCCCGGGAAGCACAAGCCAAUCAGCCCCGAAAGAAGCUGCAAGGGGCAGGGCAGGAGCGGGGAAAGUUUGGCUGGGCACGCAGUAAGCGUAAGAGGCAACGAUAUGUGGAGAAAAAUGGCCGCUGUAAUGUACAGCAUGGUAACAUGCGAGAAACUUACCGCUACUUGACGGACAUCUUUACCACUCUGGUGGAUCUGAACUGGCGCUGCUCACUCUUUGUUUUCGUCAUGGCUUAUGCCGUCACCUGGCUUUUCUUUGGUGCAAUAUGGUACCUUAUUGCAUACUGCAGGGGAGAUCUGGAUCAUUUGGAGGACGAGACGUGGACUCCAUGUGUGAAUAAUGUUAAUGGUUUUAUCUCCGCUUUCCUUUUCUCCAUCGAGACAGAGACCACCAUCGGAUAUGGCCAUCGUGUCAUCACUGACCAGUGUCCUGUGGGCACCAUGCUUCUGCUUUUGCAAGCCAUACUGGGCUCGAUGGUCAAUGCUUUUAUGGUUGGCUGUAUGUUUGUGAAGAUCUCUCAGCCAAACAAGCGGGCAGAGACACUGGUGUUCUCCCGGAACGCAGUCAUCUCUCUGCGGGACGAUAAGCUGUGUCUGAUGUUCCGAGUCGGGGAUCUGAGAUCCUCACACAUCGUGGGAGCCAACAUGAGAGCAAAGCUCAUCAAAUCCAAACAGACCCAAGAGGGUGAAUUUAUUCCUCUGGAUCAGACAGAUAUCAGUGUGGGCUUUGAGACAGGGGAUGACCGCUUGUUCCUGGUGUCUCCGUUGGUCAUCUCUCAUGAGAUCGACUCACGCUCGCCGUUCUGGGACAUGUCCCAGGCACAGCUGGAGAAGGAAGACUUUGAGAUUGUUGUUAUUCUGGAGGGCAUGGUGGAAGCUACAGGUAUGACAUGUCAAGCACGGAGCUCCUAUUUAGCCGAGGAGGUGCUGUGGGGUCACAGGUUCAGCCCGAUGAUGUCCCUGGCAGAAGGAUUCUUUGAUGUGGACUACGGAGCAUUUCAUCAUACCUUUGAGGUGGACACUCCUUCUUGUUCAGCUCGAGAGCUUGCGUUAGCUGCUGCUCGUCUGGAAGCUCACCUCUAUUGGUCUAUCUCCAGCCGGCUGGAUGAAGAGAAGUGGGAGGGACCUAACCUGACCGAGCAGUCAAAAAACCCUGUUGAUUCUGAAUCUGUCAGUGGAAAAGAUGGAGGCGGACCAACAUUCAUUGUGGGUGGAGUUACAGAUACCCAGGAACAGCCAGUUGUAGGGGAACAGAAUGGCAGUGUCACUACAGACCAAUCAGAAACUGAGGCCUAAGAGAAAGAAAGUAAGAAUGCAAGUAUUUUUAGGGUUUGAAAGUUAAUAUUAUAUCAGAUUUGAUUGUGAAACAAUCCAUGCCUUCUUCUUCAAAUCUUAACCAUUUAGCCGCUAAUGUAUAGCAUAGAAUACCUUUCCCCAACGGGGAAAUCUUAGUCACUUGGUUUGUUGGUUUUAAAAGCAGACAUCUGAAACUGUCCUGCUUUAAAUUCUGGCAGGGUGUUUUUUGCGGCUGACAUUAGGUUUCCUGAGGCCAUUCAUUACCCAGAAUUCACAAAAAUUACACAGGGUAUGUUUGCUUUCACUAUACAUAAUGUAUCCAUUUUGAGGAAUGGCUGGCUGGACAGAUUGUUUGUAUAUUGAAGAUACGGUAGCUAUAUUACAGUUGAUGGAAGUGCCAUGCAACUACUUUCUUCAUUAUAAUCCCUGGGGUUCUCUUCAUCAGCAUUUAACAGGAUUAUUUUGUGUCAGGAAUUUAUUGGUAUUUCUAUCUGUUUUUCAGAACAAUCUCUCAAAUGCAGGAAAUGAAUCUAAUGGGCAUGUGAAAUGCCCCCUUUUUUUAAAACCAUAAAUCGUACAGUAUUUGUGUCUGUUGUUUUAAAGUCACAGUCGGCCUUACAAACAUAUCUUGCACAGAGUUGACGUUUUUUUCAAUGUAACAGGGGUUUGUUACUUACCUAUUCUCUAAAACACUUCUUAAAUACUGUACAUAUGUUCUGGGGAUGAUACAUCUUAAACAUUUCAGAGGAAGUGCUAAACUAGGGUCAAAGAUUCAUGACUUAAAAGAAUUGUCUAAUCAAAAAAUGGUAGCAGAGCUCUACAGAAAGCUAGUAGCCAUCAAUUGGCACUAUGCCACACACAUCAUGUUAAUUAAUGGCUACUGGAUUUCAUUUAUUCUAAGCCAUGUCAGCAUUUUUGCUCCUACUAUUCAUUUCAUGGCUGCGCUCUUGUCUUCAGAGCUGCCAAUAAAUUUAUGAUGAAUUACGUUGGUGAGUGCAGGCUACUCUGAUGGAACAUAUUCCACUAAUAUUCUAGUCCAUUCUAUUCUUGGAAGCUGCCCAGAACCAAAGCAUGUCUAAUGCACAGUUUAAUUAUUCCUGUAAUGUCCUAUGGGAGGGAAACCUGCUGGUGCCUUUUCUGAUGUUUCUGGACCUUAGAAGGAAUUAGAUCUCUGUGCAAUACUAUUAUAUAGCCAUAAAAUAUACCAAUCAUGAUAUAUCGGCAUCAACUCAGUCAUGGUACACAGGGUUGGGAAUUUUUCGAUGGAUUUAUGGAGAGAAAAAAUAUGACAAAGCGGUCAUUCAGGUAAAUGACUUCUAUUACUCAGUAACAGUAAUACUCAGUAAUAUAAACAGAAGGUAAUGAAUGCAUAGACCACUUACAUUCUAACAAACUGGUAACUAGAUUGCGAUAAGAUCUUUUAUUCUGAGAUGAAUGUCAUAUUCAGGCUGGCUUUUUUAUUUAUUUCAUGUCAUAUUCUGGGUUAAGCACAUGUAGUAAGGAGUUCAUACCGAAAUUGUGUCAUUGUUAUUCAGACCUCAGAAUUAUUUACAUGCUUAAAUAGUGCUCAGACAGCACUGAUUGCAGUUGACAGCUGGGGCGGAGUUUGCCAAAGACCAGGAGUGUCUGG